AUGGCUCUCCUCAACCCGACCUUCGUCUUCGGUGUCAUCGUCCUCGUUUACCUCUCGACAUUUGUCGUCUUCGCAGUCCUUCGCAUCGUUACCGGCAUUUCAAUCCAGCGCGUCGGAUACUUUUCGCUUCGCCGACUAGCCUACACCCCACGCGAUGGCUUCAAGAUCGAGAUUCGGGGUCUCGGCCUCAACGUACAUCGGCCAACCUUUGCCCAGCCUACCUGGUUGAGCAUUGUCAUCAAUGCACUAGUGGUUACAGUUGAUAUUCAGGAGUUAGAGGGCCCCAAGGCCGUGGAUGCUGAGACCAGUGAGGAUGAAGAAGAUGACCAUGGAGAACAAGGCCGCCUAACACGGAAUCAGGAGCCAAAGCCGGCGCCUGGUGCAAGAAGUCGAAGUCCCAAGCCGGGAAUCAUACGCCGCGCGACUGGUGGUCCGCCGAGGAGCGAGCUAUGGAAGCACCUCAUGAAACUCAAGGAGCGCAUAAAGCGCCUGCACAGAAACAUCAACUGGUUUCGCUUGGUGGACAUAGUGGCCACCAAUUCAAGCGUUAACAUAGUGGAAGUGGGAAAUGUGCAGUUUGGAAGCUUGACAAUUGCUGUCGACACCAGACGUAAGACGGUAGAUCGUGCGCGCUUUGUCUGGCAGGCCCGGAGCCGGAAACAGCACGAGAAGAACCAAGCCGAAUGGAUCAUGACUCUGCGCAGCGUCUUGUUCACGCCCGAGGGGAGGGAGUCGAUGGAGAUCUUGGACAAUGCAACACUGAACAUACACGGGUUCCUCUAUGAUGCCCUUGAUGGUCUGCGGGACGCAACCGUCGCGCUCAAGCUUGGACGGGUUCACUUGCCGUACGACGACCUGCAGCUGUGCACCGAGCUCCUUAAGAAGUGUCGAGCUCGUGCAAGGAAUUCUGCGUCCGACGUUGAAGAUGACGAGGGCUCCCUCGACGACGUUGUACAGGAAAUACAGGUCCCGGGAAGUACCGAUCAAGAGCUUAUGCAAACCGUAUCGGACUCUAAGGAGUUCGCCAGUUCCCUGCUCAGGGGUAUCAAGGAGGUCCAGUUCGCCGUCAGCUUCCUGGGCUUGACCAAGAAAAUCGAAUCAGUCAAAACCACUGGUGUCCCUGUGCAGCUCAAUGCUGCCAUGAAGGAGGUUGGAAUAGAUCUUCACCGACUGGAUCCCAAGUCUCCCGCCCACCGCAUGUAUUUCCCAUCCAAGGAUAUAGCGCACGAGGCCUUGGUGGCAGCCUUGUCCAUAUCUGUGGGUGUAGAUGACGGUCAUGAGAAACCGCAGCGCAUCCUCUAUAUACCCAUGGCAACGACGACCAUCAGAACCACUCUACCCUCCAAGACCGUCGAACUGACUGAACAUGAGAGUGCCGAGCAAAGAAACGCCAAUAUCCUUUUCGCCAACUCGAUUGUCACCUCCCCCGCCGUCGAUCUCGAUCCUCGUCACCUGCCACUUCUUCUCGCCAUGGUGCGGCCCCGCUCUAGACGGCGGAGAUCCGGAAGCCAACAGCGCCAUAUACUCAUCUCUAGGCUGUUACCAAAGGCCAACGUCAAGUUUACAAUGCACGAACCCGUGGUCAGGAUCGCUCUGCCACCUGUCCAGAAGUCUGCAGAUCCGGAUGACUUUGACCUAAUUAUUUCCUCCAUCUCCUCCAUAUCUCUUGAUCUUGAAUCUUUUCACUCGACAAUGGAGGACCUGCACUAUUCCCUGGCAUCUUCCAUGCGGUUGCAGACACACCACCUGUACUAUCAGACAUCCUCAGGUAGUCGAUUUGAUAUCGUUCAGACGGAGUCGUUUGACCUCAAGAUUCAGCUCGGGGCAUCACCCGACGUGCAUGUUGUCGCAACCGGCAAUCUGCAAACAUUUGCAGUCAAGAUGGUGCGGCCUGAAAUCGCCGACGGUCUACGUCACAUUGUGCGAAGCCUUCGGCACAGUGCGCACCCCGAGAAAUUGUCAGACGCUCAGCGGAACCACAACUUUCUGCGUGCGAUGCCCUCCUGGCUUUUGCACUUCAACAUACAGGCGAGAGAUUUCAGCAUAGAGAUUGCAGGUAUAGAUGAAGAUAUAUCGAAACACACUCGGGGUGUCGCAUUACAGCUGGAAUCAUGGUCUGCAGAGUACCGUGCUCAAAGGCUUGACAACCUGCAACGAAGACCAGCACGCCGCCGUGCCAGCAGCCGUACCAGCAUGAUGCCCGAGGCGGAUUUGCUCAGGACAAUCCCACUGUCCCCAAGGAAGAAGUUCCAAAAUGACGGCGAUGGCCGCCGCAUCGCGGUUAACGUCAAGGGACUAGAGGCUUUCAUUGUGGAGUCUUCUGAAAGAUGGGAGGCUGAGCCAUUUAUCAACAUACCCAGGUUUGAACUUGCAUGCUCGACUCUCAGUGACAAUCAGGGGCCGGUUUUCCAUAUCCAUUCCCAUGUACGUACACUGCUUGUGCAGUACUCGCUUUAUCGCCACUACUCGGUUGCUAUUGCCAUCACUGUAUUGCGAAAGGCCUUUAUACGAUCCAACCGACGCACAAGCCCAGCUGGUAAUGGAAAAGAGGACGCACCCAAGAUUCCAAAUAGCGAUCUUUUAGCCCCACCUAUGGCCUCUGAUCACGGCGGGGGCAUCAACACCGCUGCAAGCUCAGCGAAGGAGCUGGUGGCCAUUGAUGUCAAGGCUGCUUUAGUUCAAAUCAAGGCGGAUAUGCCGGCCGAUCCUCCGAUUAUGCUCCAGCUUCAUGGCUUGGAGGCAGGCCGCCACCGCUGGUCACCACCUUUCUUUCAUUCCAAGCUCAUCAGGCUAUACGCGGAAGCGCCUAGGAUGCGAAAAGUCUGGGCAAGGGUCAUCAGCAUCAAGAAUGGGCGUCUUGACUACCGCGAGUCGCGCAGGAAACUUUCCAGCGGCGGGUACAAGGACGAGAAGCUUUACGAUGCUGUGGCAGACGCUAUUCGCUUUGCUGUUCCUCAUGAACUGAUCUUCAACAAGGUCACAGACAACUUUAUAAACGUGUUCAAAUCUGCCCAACAGCUUCACCAUCGUUUCAAGACCGGAACGAAUGAGUAUAUCCUCCAGAAGGGGCCGGAAGGCCCCAAGGCCAUCCCAAAGGUCUCAUUUCGUAGCAGGACUUUCUUGUUUGAGCUUGAGGAUGGUGCUUUUGAGUGGAAACUUGGCAUGAUAUAUCGUGCUGGGCGAAUCGAGCAAGUACAGAGGCUAGCCCGUGAGGAAGCGUUUCAGGUCAAAGUGAAAAAGAUACACGAGGAAGAGUCUAGGAAGGAGUCAAACAAGUUCCGCACCCGAUCUCUAAUGGCCAGAGGCAGAUCCAAACGUGGAAGAGCAUCAUGGGCCAGGACACCAAGUGAGGAUGGUCGCCCACGAUCAAGCUCUGAGAGUCCAGGACGGGGCCGAGCACCCCGUUAUGAUCCUGACAGUGCAGCCCCGAAUAUGAGCGGGAGAGCUCAGGUAACCAUCAGCGAGGCGAGACGACGACUCAACGAACACAACGCGCACAGCUGGAAGAGGCGUAUAGAUCGCCAAUUUGAAACGGCACGCAACAGCAUGAAGCAGUUUAGAAGCCUCUUCUGGGGUGCCGACCACAUGCCGGACGAUGUUGAUGAUGACGAACAUAUCCUCGAAGUGCCACAACGCCCAGCACUGAUGUCAACACUGAUCCACGAUCUGCACGUCACUGUUGACAAACCCUCAUUUCCAAUCCGCGAUCUGCCUGACUUUUUGCACAACGUGGGCAAAGGCAUGCCUCGGGAUAUGCAGUACUCGCUACUCAUCCCCAUGAGCGUAGCGAUCGACAUGGGAGAAGCCAAGGUGUCUCUGAGAGAUUAUCCUUUACCACUGCUGCAUGUUCCAAGUCUCAAGGCUGGACAGUCUGCAAGACUGGCUGCCCUCUCGCUCAAGACAGAUUUUGUCAUAGCGGAGGAGUUUCACGGGCCUGAGUCCACACGAAGGAUUAGAGUAGAGAUAGUACCAGAAAGAGCUGCAUCGCCCGGCAACGACGAUGGCGAAGGCGCGUUUGCAAUCGAUGUCAGGCGGACGGUUGGUCCCGUCAAGUCAUACUCCGAUAUUCGGGUCGACAUCAACACGGCCCUGCCAACAAGGUUCACAUGGGGCCCAUGCUAUCAACCGGCCGUUCAGGACAUGAUGAUGGCUAUAGAGUCCUUCACGAAGCCCCAGCUGGAUCCGUCGGAGCGAGUGGGAUUCUGGGACAAGAUAAGACUCAAUCUACACUCUCGUGUCCGCGUCGCCUGGAAAGGGGAUGGCGACGUUCACCUUGCACUCAAGGGCACCCGAGACCCGUACAAGGUCACUGGCGCCGGUGCUGGAUUUCUCAUGUGCUGGCGUAACGAUGUUCGGUGGAACAUCCACGAAGACGACGAUGCCAAACGCUUCAUGACCGUCGACAGCGGCGAAUAUGUUCUUGCCGUGCCAGACUACAGUCACAUUGCCCGGGAGUCCGAACGUCUCAGUGGCGACCCCGGUGGAGUAUCGGCCGAAGACCAUAAGCCUGGAGCAGCUUUCCAGAAGGUCAUCAUGAAGUUAUCCGGAAGGGUCCAAUGGCGUGCUGGCUUAGUCUUUGAGCGAGCCAUCGAGCACGGCAAGCGAAACUUUGAGUUCAAACCCCACUACGAUGUAGUCUUGAAGACUCCACAGAACGCAGUCUCGUUGGAUGACAAACCGUACGACGCUUUCCGCGGCUUCAGAAGCAAUCACAUCCAUCUGUCGGUUGCUAUUUGUGCACCAGCGGAUCGGGAAUGGACCACUUCAAACCCUGAACCGUCGCGUAGCUACAACACUGUCCACCUGACGCCGCGCUUUUUCACACACUUCUUCGCGUGGUGGUCGCUCUUUGGCGGGCCAAUGUCUCUGCCCAUCCGGCAAGGCGCUCUGUGGCCAGGUCGUGAAAAGAACAGCAAAAAGUUUGGCCGACACUUGGCAACUAUCAAGUACAACCUGCUCCUUGCCCCGCUCUUCCUUAGCCAUAUCUACAGACACAAGGACCCCGAGGAUCCCUCGGAGGAAGCGAUGCAGGCAACGGGUAUCAAGGUCCGCUUUGACAGCUUCAUGUUGGACUUGCAUCAAAGAAGGGAGGAGUUCAACACCCAAGGCAGGGGGAACAAGGCAGAGCAGUCGAGGACCACGGGCAUGAAGAUACAUGCUGGUCAACUAGAUCUUGCAUCGGCCGAUAUUCGAGCCGUCUCGGCUAAUAUGCGUGCCGCUACUGCAGAGUCCACAAAGAAUAGCUCGAUUCCGGGAUUUGACCACGGAGAUGACGAAAACGACCUCUCACGCUUUACGAUACCAGACAAUGACUUUAGCUGGAUAGACAUGGACGACUUUGUGGAGCUUGAUUCUCUGGUGCCCUCCGAGGGAACACCAGAGACGCAGAUACUCCCACUGGUGUUUGCCCCGAGGAUCACCUACUUCAGACAGACGGACAUUGGAGGCAUUAUCGCGGGAGAUGUCUCGAGGAGUAGCCCCUUUGGUGACGAGCCAACUCACUUCUGCAUCAUGAGUCAAGACGAUGAUCCGCGUAGAGUGCAGAUACAACUCAUUCGCAAGCGUCUAUCGCAGAUAAAGGAACAAAUUGAGAAUGGCACCCGGACUCUGGGCGAAAUCGAGCUCAGACUGAUAAAGACCAACCAUCAAGAUGCCGAUCUGUCAUCAGACCGCGACAAGCUUACAAAGCAUAGCAGCGUGCUCCAGGAGAAGCAAAAGUUUUUGGAGAACAUGCUAAAACAAAUGAUACAUCAGGGCCCGGGUGAUGAUAUAAAAAGGCUGACCGAGAAGACGGACACGUCGAUAUCAAUACCGCUCUCGGAAGGCUCCAUCACUUUACCUUCGGGUGCCGAGUUUGCCAGUGACUUCAAGAACAGGUUCGUGGUACACAACAUGCAGCUGAAGUGGAACAACCUCCUCCGCAACAUCAUUUUGCGCUAUAGUCACCAGGUCAGCCAGCGCCGUGGGUUCGUCUACUAUCUUUCACGCCCGGCGAUCAAGUUCAUUCUGGACAUUGUUGAAGAGCAGGCCAAGGUCAAGAACUCGAAGCCUACGAACAGCACUUCGACCCCGGCACCCUCUGGUGUCACUGGAUCGCCGGACCCUUCUGCGUCAGACAAGGAAAACGGUACAGACAUUGAGGACAAGAUCAAGAAGAUCUUGCAGGAGGGCAAGAAGUUUGUCAAUGCCGACGACAAAUCUAGCACGGACAAGUCUGGAUCUGGGGAGGCCAUAUGCGGCCCGUCGAUCGGAGAUUUGUCCGGGAACAUUGCGGACGGCUUCGUGCCACAGUACAGCUAUCAUGUGCGGCUCAUUGCUCCGCAGAUUCAGCUACAGAGCGACAAGAACACCAAGAACGUGGUGCUCAUUACAGCCAAGGGAAUGGAGCUCAAGGUGGUCGAGGUGCUGGACAAAGAACGCAUAUACGAUACGGUCAGUGGGCUUGUUCAACGCCGGUUCCUGGUGAACAUGGACAAUACGCAGUUCUUUGUCACAGACCAAAAAUGGUUUGCCCAACAGCUUCUGUCUCUGCACUCUGGCAGUACAUACGGUACACCAAACGGAUCACCGUGGCCACCCUGGGUCCCGAUGGAGGUCAUGUUCGAUUUCCAAACGGCCCCGUUCGGCUUUAAGCGGGUCGUCCAAAGGACGUCGGCCAUGCUGCGCUACGACAAGUACAACACGCUGAGGCUCAAGUACAACGAUGAGGUUAAUACUACGGGCGACGAGGACCUCAGCACAAAGUCAUCUUACGAAGUUGCCGAGAACCAGAUGGACAACCUGUGGGUCGAGUUUCCACAGGCUUUUGCCGUGUGCGACUCGACGCAAUACUUUGCCAUCUACAAGAUAGUCAACGAUCUGCUCUUGUACAGCGAGCCCUCGGAGAAGCACCGAAACGAACGUCUCGAAAAGAUUAUGCUGGCUUCGGAUUUCAGUGAUUUGCGCGGUGCGCCCGAGAUGGUGGUCAAGCUCCAGGAACGCAUCAGGCAGAUGCACGACAUCAAGACGCACUUCCAGGUGCAUUCCAAAUAUCUCGACAAGAAGAGUUGGCAGGACAGGAUUUCUCUUGAGAGGGACCUUGCUACAGCCGAAGACGAACUCUUCUUCACCAUGAAAGCCAUCACGACCGCUCAGAGCAAAUACGAUACGGCGAGUCAGAACAACGCACUGCUCAAGUGGAGCAUCUCGGUCAAGGAGGUCGUAUGGCUCCUGGUGCAGAAUGACAACCAACCGAUGGCGGAGCUGCAACUCAAGGACCUGGAGUACGACCGGACAGACAACUCGGACGGCUCGCACGUCAACUUGGUACAGGUUGGCAAGGUCGUAGGCCUGAACCUCAUGAACAGGGCCACCUACGGUGAAUUGAUUGCUCCCUACGUCGAUGAGCGCAGCCCGGCGGACAACAGUCAGCCCAUGAUUCAGGUGCACUGGAACAUGCUCGAGGCUAUAGCUGGAAUACCUGUGAUGGAGCAUUUCGAACUCAAUGUGUCCCCCGUCAAGGUCCAACUCGAACAAGAGGUCGGUGUCAAACUCUUUGAAUACAUCUUCCCCAAGGAUGACCCCAGCGUCAAGCAGGAUAUCAGUAAAGGCGGGUUGGAUAGGGACGCGGAGGAUGAUUCGUUGAGCGGCUCAACUGGCCGUCUGGGAGACAAGGACUCGUCGGCUUUCAGCACGCGGCCUGGCUCGCUGGAGCUAAGACUGCAGCCCACGCUCAACUCAGACACGACAUCAGCAAACCCCAAGUCCAAGGCGCAUAGUCUGCACUCGGGCGAGACAGGUCACACAUUCAGGCUCUUCCGUUCGUCUGCCACCGGAGCUACGACCCGCACGUUGGGCAAGAAGCCGUCGGUUGAGUCGUUACCGCGGCCGGGUAUUGGCAGAACCUCGACUGGCUUCUCGACCGCCAAGGAAUCGCUCAACAGCGACUCCAAGAAAUCAUCGCGUUUCGCACUGCGAGGCAAACCGAACUCCAGUGAUGACAAGGGCGAAAAGCCGUCUGAUGAUCUUACCAAGAUGAUGACACGCGCGAGCAACUACAUGACCUUUGCCCACAUCAAGAUGUCGUCGGUGGUGCUUUGUCUCAGCUACAAGGGUAUGGGGAAGCGCAACAUUGAGGAUGUCCACGACUUUGUCUUCCGGCUGCCGGCGAUGGAGUACCGCAACAAGACGUGGUCCAAUCUUGACUUGGCACUGGCCCUAAAGAGUCGUGUCAUCAAGGCACUGAUUUCUCACACGGGCGCCAUAAUCGGCAACAAAUUCACUCGGCAUCGCCGAAGCGAGGGCCAACCGUCGCAGGUGCGGGCGCUCGCUACGAGCUCAGCGCUGCUGGCAUCUCCGGCCAUGUCCGAGGCUCGCGACGACAGUGACUCAUCAUCUCUGUUUGGCAACUCUCCCGGCGGCGACUCUCAGUCUCGUCCACAGUCGAUGCAAAGCUCCGAGUCAUCAUCGUUUCACGGCGCUAAGGGGCCCAGUCGAAGCUCGAGCGUGACGUCUGCCCGAUCGGGCCGCAGCAACACGUUCGCCGUUGCCACGCGCAGUAAUGUGCCUACCUUCCUAAUGAUGACGCCACCGACGCCUCAGGAGACCAACUUGACCACGCAAGCCACCCAACCCAGCGACCCCGAUAAGCUGCGCCCGCGGUCGAGGAGCAGAACAAACGGGAUGAGCGACUCGAGCGAAAGGGCCGAGCGGAGGAGAUCUGGACUCGGCGGCUUCAAGAACAAGCUCAGCGCGUUGACAUCGAAGCUGAAGGAGAGGGAGCCUUCGGAACAGAGGAGUGAAAAGAGUGGUGUCGACGAUGAUGAUGAUGACGAUGAUAGGGAUUAG